CCCUCCCGCGUCCCCGGUUUCAAGGACGCUGGGACUCGCCAAGGCCCUGAGGCCUUUCGAGGCCGCCAGUAUGGACAUGUUCAUGAAGGGCCUAUCCAUGGCCAAGGAGGGCGUCGUGGCCGCCGCGGAGAAGACCAAGCAGGGGGUCACGGAGGCCGCAGAGAAGACCAAGGAGGGCGUCCUCUACGUCGGCAGCAAGACCCGUGAGGGGGUGGUACAAGGUGUUGCCUCAGUGGCUGAGAAAACCAAGGAGCAGGCUUCACACCUGGGAGGGGCAGUGUUCUCUGGGGCUGGGAACAUUGCAGCAGCCACAGGCCUGGUGAAGAAGGAGGAAUUCCCCACAGAUCUGAAGCCCGAGGAAGUGGCCCAGGAAGCCGGUGAGGAGCAACUGAUCGAGCCCCUGAUGGAGCCAGAAGGGGAAGGUUACGAAGAGCAGCCCCAGGAGGAGUAUCAGGAGUACGAGCCAGAGGCGUAAGGGCCCAGGACGGCCCCCCACCAGCAGCACAAUCCCUAUCCGGUCCCCUGCCCCGCCCCCCAAAGCCAGGGCUGUCCUUCUGCCCCUUUCCCGCGACACACAACAAAACAAAAACACACGAGAUCUUCCUUCCGCUUCGAGGCGCCCCCUCGGAGCCUGUGUUCGUGUCUGUCAGUCCGUACGUCCUACCUGCCCGCGUCCAGCCCUGGGAUGAGGACAGGCCGGGGCUGCGGUCGCGGCCUCGUCCCCGCCCCCCUACCCCAGUGUUGCCCCUCCCUGCCCCCUCCCGUCCAGUGUCUGCGCGGAUGUAGCAUGUUCUUUGUUUUUAAACGACGAUCUUGGAAAGCGACGGCUCCCCCGGCCGCGACAGAGGCGCUCCCAGGGGCCUCCUGGCAGCCCCCGUGCCCGCCAGUCCACACCCACAUUGAUCCAAGUACCUUUUUUUUUUUAACCAAAACCAGGAGCCAGGCUGUGCCAUGACCCCUUCCCCCCAGCCGGCCCGGUCCGAGCGCGGGCGUCGUGUGUUGUGAUUGUGGCAUGGAGAGUUCCCCACCCCCCGUGUGAGCGUGUCCCGGGCGGGCGGGCCCGGCUGCCCCCCGCGUGUCCAUGAAUAAAGCCAAUCUGUCAGUA